CACCGUUUGUGCAAUUUGAUGAAAGUGUCAGUGGAAAAGUGCGCCAAAAGAUUCGCAUCGUUCAUUGUUUUCCCUUGCGCGUUGCAAAGCAGAGGCUAAUUUGUCUGUCCUUUUACAAGUGUUCAACUAUUUUUUGUUAUUUAUCUUAUACUUUUGUUGUGUGAAUCGUUUUCCCUACAAGAUGGUUCUGAAACCGAACAAGAUGUAUGUCUUCAAGCGAGAUGGCCGGAAGGAGGAAGUACACCUGGACAAAAUUACUUCGAGGAUUCAGAAGCUUUGCUAUGGGCUGAACAUGGAUUUCGUUGAUCCGGUUGCUAUAACAUUGAAAGUAAUAAACGGGCUCUACUCAGGUGUAACGACGCAAGAGCUCGACAAUCUGGCUGCUGAAACUGCUGCUACCUUGACGACUGAUCAUGCUGAUUAUGCGAUCCUGGCGGCAAGAUUGGCCGUGUCUAACCUGCACAAAGAAACUAAAAAGCAAUUCUCUGAGGUUAUGCACGAUCUGUACAUGAUGGAAAAUGAAUUUCUGAAAACGAAAUCUCCCAUGAUUUCUGAUUUUCAUUACAAGGUGAUAAUGGACAAUGCGGACCGCCUGAAUUCGGCUAUAAUUUAUGAUCGCGAUUUUGGGUACAACUAUUUCGGCUUCAAAACAUUAGAGCGGUCCUACUUGUUGAAGAUCAAGGGCAAGAUCGUUGAGCGACCGCAGCAUAUGUUGAUGCGCGUUGCGAUCGGCAUUCAUGGUGAAGACAUCGAUGCAGCAAUCGAGACUUACAAUCUGCUUUCGGAGCGCUACUUUACCCAUGCCUCACCGACCAUGUUUGCGGCGGCUACGCAACGUCCGCAGUUGUCGUCCUGUUUCUUGCUCACCAUGUCGGACGACAGCAUUGAAGGUAUCUACGAUACGCUGAAGCAGUGUGCACUGAUUUCAAAAUCUGCUGGCGGAAUUGGGCUGAACGUGCACUGUAUUCGCGCGAAAGGUACGUACAUCUCGGGCACGAAUGGAAUUUCAAACGGGUUGGUGCCAAUGCUGCGCGUGUACAACAAUACGGCCCGAUACGUGGAUCAGGGUGGCAACAAGCGCCCGGGAGCUUUUGCCAUCUACCUCGAACCGUGGCACGGUGAUGUGUUCGAGUUUCUGGAUCUGAAGAAAAACACCGGCAAAGAGGAGGUGCGUGCACGCGACAUGUUUUACGCCUUGUGGAUUCCGGAUCUGUUCAUGGAGCGGGUGGAGGCGAAUGAAAUGUGGAGUCUAAUGUGCCCUCACGAUUGUCCCGGUUUGUCUGAUAGCUGGGGUGAAAAGUUCGAGGCACUGUACACUGGCUACGAGAAAGAGGGUCGUUUUAUUCGCCAGGUGAAGGCACAGGAUUUGUGGUUCGCGAUCAUUGAAUCGCAGGUGGAAACGGGCGUACCGUAUAUGCUGUACAAGGAUGCAUGCAACCGCAAAAGCAACCAGCAGAACAUUGGCACCAUUAAGUGUUCUAACUUGUGCACUGAGAUUGUGGAGUACUCGUCGAAGGAUGAAAUUGCGGUUUGCAAUCUGGCCUCGAUCGCACUGAAUAUGUUCGUAAAAUCCGAUAGGACGUACGAUUUCGUAAAGCUGAAGGAUGUCGCCAAGAUAGUAACACGCAAUCUGAACAAAAUCAUCGACAUAAACUACUAUCCGGUGCCGGAGGCGAAGCGUUCCAACAUGCGCCACAGGCCCAUCGGUAUCGGUGUGCAGGGCAUGGCCGAUGCGUUCAUUUUAAUGCGCUAUCCAUACGAAAGCGAAGAGGCCCAAAAGCUGAAUCAACAGAUAUUCGAAACCAUCUACUAUGGAGCACUGGAAGCAAGCUGCGAAUUGGCUGCACGGGACGGUCCAUACGAGACGUAUGAAGGUUGUCCAGUGAGCAAGGGUGUCCUACAGUACGAAAUGUGGAACAAAGAACCGACGGAUCUGUGGAACUGGACAGAGUUGAAGGAGAAGAUUGCAAAGCACGGUAUUCGUAACUCGCUACUGCUGGCACCGAUGCCGACAGCUUCGACGGCACAAAUACUGGGCAACAAUGAGUCCUUCGAGCCGUACACGUCGAACGUUUACAACCGACGUGUGCUAUCGGGCGAGUUCCAGGUGGUGAACCAUCAUCUGCUGCAAGAUCUGACAGCGAUGGGUCUGUGGGAUCUUGACAUGAAGAACAACAUCUUGUCCAACAACGGAUCGAUUCAAAACAUUGAAUCAAUACCAAAGGAAAUCCGCGACCUCUACAAGACGGUAUGGGAGAUCUCGGUGAAAACAUCCAUCAAAAUGGCGGCCGAUCGGGGAGCGUUUAUCGAUCAGUCACAAUCAUUUAACAUACACGUGGCCGAGCCGAACUAUGGCAAGCUGACGUCGAUCCAUUUCUACGCGUGGAAGAUGGGACUAAAAACGGGCAUGUACUACCUGCGCACCAAACCGGCCGUAAAUGCCAUCCAAUUUACGGUGGACAAAACGAAGUUACAAAAUGCCAAUGAGACAAAUGUCAGCCGCAUGUCAAAUGGGGUUGGUGGAGGUACACCACCACGCAAUGGGCAGAUGCGUUAUUCAAUGCUGAACGGAAGUACUAGCACACCAACACGCAACGAGCACCACGAGUCUAAUGGUUUAAUGGACCAGCAGCAGCAACAUCAGGAGCAACCACAGAUGAACGGCUCGUUUGCGGAAAGAAAUAGGCGUAUGGCGGAGAUGGUUUGCUCGCUGGAAAACAAAGAUGAGUGCAUGAUGUGCGGAUCGUAGAACGAUUGUAACAAUAUUUUCAGUCAUUCAUUUUACACUUUCACUUUAUGUUUAGAUAAUUAAGGCUUAUAUAGAAGUUUUUAAAUAAAGUAUUGAUAUAUUGUGUUUCUCUUUUGGCAAAACA